GCUCUCCGCAUCGAAAGCUCCGCUGCGGAGCCAAGGAAAUACAUUUGGUGCCCAUCUCAAGUGCAGGAAUUUCAAGUUUGUUUGUUUAAAUUUUAAGUGCAAGUGAGACAGUGUAAUUACCAAGCAAAAGGGAAAAUAAUCCUAAAAAGUCAUUAAUGUUGAGCAGUUGAGUCUGCAGAUUAAGUGCAUAGCUAGAGUGAAUUAAUUAUUUAGUUGAAACAAACAAAGAGCCAUGGAGAGUGCAGCGAAUUCAGGCGACUCUAAAAAGCCUUUCAAAGUCAAGGACGUAACACGCAACAUUAAGAAGGCUGUCUGCGCCUCCAGUCUGGAGGAGAUUCGCAGCAAGGUGGCCGAGAAGUUCGAGAAGUGCGACCACCUGCCCACCAUCCACCUGGACUCCGAUGGCACGGAGAUCGACGACGAGGAGUACUUCCGCACCCUCGACGAGAACACGGAACUGGUGGCCGUCUUCCCUGGUGAACACUGGAUAGAUCCCACGCAUUACGUGACCAUAACCACUCCGCAUGCCACCGACGGAGGAACCGGAACCGGCGGGGAUCCUGCCGCCGGAGGCGAGGGAGGCGACACCACCGAUGCCAACAACUCGGAGUCGGCCCGCAUCCGCCAGCUGGUGGGUCAGCUGCAGAACAACCUCUGCAACGUGUCCGUGAUGAACGACGCCGACCUGGACUCGCUCUCCAACAUGGAUCCCAAUUCGCUGGUGGACAUCACGGGCAAGGAGUUUAUGGAGCAGCUCAAGGAUGCGGGAAGACCCCUUUGCGCCAAGCGGAAUGCCGAGGAUCGCUUGAACUUGCUGAAGCUGCUUAAGGCCGGCGCCAUCUUCUGCUCGGAACGCUAUCCCGAGGACGCGGAGGCCAUCGACCGGGAGAUUGGACGCCAGCUGAACGAGGCGGAGAGCGGACAGAUGAGCACCACCACCACCAGCAACACCCGCACCAUCGAGGUGGUGCAGUGCGACAAUCAGAACACGACGAUAACGAUCACGGUGGGCGAGGCCACCUCCACGUGCUCCUCCGCCGCCAACGGAACCCUGGGCUCCUCCGCCGCCGAGGUUGCGGCCAACGAGGCGAACGCCAAUGCCAAUGGCAAUCCGGCCAGGAAUCCGAAUGCCAACGGAGACAUCUGACUGCCCAUUCUGGGCAGCCUGAGGUGAAGUCUGCCGGCGGAGGACUAAGGAGGAUUUCCGGAAGGAAGGGAGUAGGAAUCAAAAUCAAAAUGAGAAUCAGAAUCAGAUCCAUGAGGAUAUACCGACGACAUCAGUCCUGCAACAUUGGGUUAACAUAAAUCGUAUUUGUAGCAUGUAAUUAGGCAAAUGGCGAUGCGAAUCAGCGAAUCGGAACAGAGACAAAAUCAAGCGAUGAACAAAGUCACGGAGAAUGCUUCAUAGUAUCUAAGAGCAAAUGAAAGUUAACGAACAAUACACGUACUAGAAUUAAACACGAUGGCGAGGAGUUCACCCACAGAUUCGAGGAGUCUUUUAGCAAUCACAUUCAGAAGUCAGAAGUUAGAAAUCAGAAAUCAGAGAUCAGAGAGAGGAAACGUAUUUAACCAAUUAUACACACGCCACAAACAGCCGUACUAGAUAAAUAUAAUAUUAAUCAAAGGUUAGCGAGUUAAGGAUUAUUCUUGAGGUAGAGCCCCAGGCGUAGGCGAAAAUAGAUGAGUGAACCCACUGCGAAUGAUGAGCCCGAAUUGGUUGGAUAUUGGAUAAAUACGAUAAGAGUAUAAAUGCAAACUCCCAGGAAACUGUUGUUGAUUUGCUUGUCGUGUAAAUUGUGUUAGUUACGAGAAUGUAGUAGGUAAAAUCGAAACGCACAUCAAAAAUUGUUUUUAGACCAAUGCCAUUGUGAAUGUCAUUCGUUAAAGGCCAAUUGAGACUGACUGUAUUUAUGUGUAAUAGGUUUUUUCGUGGUUUGAGCGGUUCGGGACGGAUCCCCACUUUCCUCCUAAAUCCCCCCGCCCACCCCUCGAAUCUAUAGCCGAAAUGAAUUUAAGCGACAGCAAACAUUGUUAGCAAGUUAAACAAUAAAGGAACACAAUAACGCAAAUUGCAAUUGCCCAAUUAAAGUUGGUAACUGUCUACAAUUCGAAUAAGCAAUAAGGAGAGCCGUUUACGCCAACCAAAGCGAAAACGAAAGCGAAACCGAAAACCAAAUGCAAACCGAAAAAAACAAUUAUUAAAUAUAGUGAAACGCGCAUACAGCAGAUACAAAUCGAAAACAGAAACAGAGGCAGAAACCCCGAGGCAAACUAUAUACACGACAAACCAAGUAAUAAAUAAAUGAAUAUUAAAGCAGA